AUGCAGAUUCUCGGUCUUGGAAACGGCACACCUUCUGGUAACUCGGAGAUCCUCCUCAAGGCUGCUUUGACAGCAGCUACCGAGUCCGACUCUACCAUCACGACAUCAUGGAUACACGUUCCCUCUAUCUCUAUACCUACAAACCCAGCACCUCUGGACAGCCCUGUUGGCUUCGAUCUCGCCUCAAAGCUCAAUGUCGCUUCAAACGACGCACCCGACGACCGAGCUGCCGUCCGCGAAGCCAUCCUCGACGCCGACGCCAUAAUCGUUUCUACACCCACAUACAGCCAUCAACCCUUGGGCACUCUGAAGCUACUCAUGGAUAGAAUAGGCGGGCCCUCGUUGGAUGUAACUUUCGGCAAGACCUUCAGUCCUGACAAACUCGACCCUCGACUCUCUAAACCAAGAGUGUUGGGUUUCAUAGCUGUAGGAGGAUCAUCAACACCAGAUCAAUUUACUAUGGUGCUGCCGACAUUGCAUCUGUUAUUUUAUGCUCUACACGCCAAAGUCGUGGAUCAAUUCAUUGGCCAAGAUCUGGGAAGUUCAGGGGCAGUGUGUUUGCAUGAGGAUCUGAUCUCUCGGGCACAGAAGAUGGGAAAGAAUAUCGCAAGUCAGAUUGGCAAGGCCUAUGAUGAUGUAGAAUAUCUGGGCGAGCAAGAAGAAGGUGCAUGUCCGCAUUGCCAUCUCGCCAAGAUUGAGUUCUUGCCGGCGCAUGGUAAGAAUGCUAUUGGUUGUACGACGUGUGGUACCAGAGGUAGCUUGGUUGUGCGAGAAGACGGAGAUGUGCUGCCGGCGUGGGAAGAGGAGUCAAAGUGGAGUUGCUUGACUUGGACGGGCAAAUUGCAACACGCGAAGGAUAUCGUGAGUUGGGCUAAGAGAGAUGCACCGAGGAAAGAGGAUAUUAAAGAAGCACAGGAAAGGUGGAAAAAGGUUGUCGUUAAGCAAGUAUCUUUGCCAAGUCAAAGCAGGGCACACUGGUGA